UAGUGCUAAUACGUAUUGAUGACUAUGCCACUGCGGUUGAAUAAUUUACAAACGUUGAUCUUGCAGCGCUUAGCCGGUAUAAAAGCCAGUCAGCGGCUGCUCGGCAAAUUAGUUUACGUGCCGCGCUCUUCAAGCGCGCGAGUUUCUUGCUAUAAGUUGGUGAUUUUGAAAAGUGGCAAAACUUUUUUUUUAAGAUAUAAAAAACAACUACGCAUCAUGAAAAUUUUACUCGUCGCGCUUUUUGCCACAUUAGCGCUUCAGAAUGCGCUGGCCAGCGUAAAAGAGGAAAUUACGGCCACUGAGUAUAUUGAGAAUCUGAAUAAAGAGAUUGCACGUCGCACGAACCUUGAGACAGAAGCCUCCUGGGCGUAUGCAUCUAACAUCAAUGCGGAGAAUGAGCGCAUGAAGAAUGAAAUCUCCGCAGAAGUGGCAAAAUUCAUGAAGGAAGUUGCCACAGAUUUACAGAAAUUCAAUUGGCAGUCCUUUAAAUCGGAAAAUUUGAGUCGCCAAUUUAAAAUGCUCUCUAAACUCGGUUAUGCUGCACUCAGCGAGCCCGAAUACGCUGAAUAUUUGGAUGUGCUGUCCACUAUGGAGUCGAAUUACGCUAAAGUACGUGUUUGUGACUAUAAAAAUGCCACCAAAUGCGAUCUCUCCUUAGAACCGGAAAUCGAAGAUAUCAUUAGCACCAGCCGUGAUCCGGAAGAACUGAAGUAUUAUUGGCGCGAAUUUUACGAUAAGGCCGGUACUGCUGUGCGCGGUCCUUUCGAGAAAUAUUUGGAACUGAAUACGAAAGCAGCCAAGUUAAACAAUUUCAAAUCUGGCGCUGAAUUGUGGUUGGAUGAGUACGAGGAUGACACCAUUGAAAAGCAGCUCGAAAACAUUUUCGAGGAACUACGUCCGCUCUAUCAGCAAAUACAUGGUUACGUCCGUUCUCGUCUGCGUCAACACUGGGAUGCUGUGGUGUCAGAGAAGGGACCCAUUCCAAUGCAUUUGUUGGGAAAUAUGUCUCAACAAUGGUCCAGUGGUGCCGAUAUUAUCUCACUUCCUAAUAAGCCGCUGAUUGAUGUUACCAAUGAGAUGGUUGCACAAGGUUACACACCAUUGAAAAUGUUCCAACUGGGUGGAUUUUUCCAAUCAAUGAUUUUGACAAAGCUGCCACAAGAUUUCUGGGAUAAGAGUAUUUUGGUAAAGCCUGAUGAUGGUCGCGAUUUGAUUUGCCAUGCCAGUGCUUGGGAUUUCUAUAUUAUCGAUGAUGUGCGCAUUAAGCAGUGCACCCGUGUGACAAUGGAUCAAUUCUUCACCGUUCACCAUGAAUUGGGACACAUUCAAUACUUUUUGCAAUACCAGCAUUUGCCCAUGGUCUAUCGCGCUGGUGCACCCGGCUUUCAUGAAGCUGUCGGUGAUGUGCUCUCACUUUCAGUCUCUACACCGAAACAUUUAGAGCGUGUUGGUCUUCUGAAGAACUACCAACGCGAUGAUGAGGCACAUAACCAAUUGUUCUUAACUGCUCUAGAUAAGAUCGUCUUCCUGCCUUUCGCCUUUACUAUGGAUAAAUACCGUUGGGCAUUAUUCCGUGGCGAAGUGGACAAGAAGGAUUGGAACUGUGCUUUCUGGAAGUUGCGUGAGGAAUACUCUGGCAUUGAACCACCAGUAGUUCGUUCUGAAAACGAUUUUGAUGCACCAGCUAAGUAUCAUGUGUCCGCCGAUGUCGAGUACUUGAGAUAUUUGGUUUCGUACAUCAUACAAUUUCAAUUCUAUAAGUCGACUUGCAUCAAAGCUGGUCAAUAUGAUCCCACCAAUCCGGAAUUGCCUUUGGACAACUGUGAUAUUUAUGGCAGCUUUGAAGCAGGUCAAGCUUUCAAAAAUUUGCUUUCAAUGGGUGCCUCUAAACCUUGGCCCGAUGUAUUGGAGGCCUUUAGUGGUGAACGUACAAUCAGUGGCAAAGCCAUCGCAGAAUAUUUCGAACCGCUCCGUAUAUGGUUGGAGGCGGAGAAUAAGAAGAACAAUGUGCAUAUUGGUUGGACGCUAUCUGACAAAUGUGUCUCCUCUUAAACUUGGCGUGCUCUUAAGAAGAUGAUGCAAAAAAAAAAAACGUUUGCUUUUUGGCGUUCAGUUUGAUUACUAAACAAUUUCAGUUUCCUUAAAUUUUGUAAAAUUGAUUUUAACAAAAAAUCAGUAUUAAAAAAUAAUA